AUGGCUCUAUCAACUGAAACAGUUUUCGAAGUUCAGGAUGGUAUACCGUCAGUCGUGCGAAUAUCGGAUAAAAACGUGAAAAAGCGAGUGUUUGAUUCGUUGGCGGGUACUGGCUUCACAGGUUUUGAUAAAAGGGCACUCGACUCACUGGAAAGUGCUGGAUUUAGCAACUCUGAUAAGCGUACAUUCGAUUCAUUAUCUGGCACCGGCUUUACCGGCUUCGAUAAACGAUCUUUUGAUGCUCUCUCAAAUCGAGGGUUCACUGGCUUCGGCAUACGGAAACCGCAACUACUGCUGAAUGGAAGAGUGAAUGGUUUUGACAAGCGUUCUUUCGACAGUCUUCUCAGUCGAGGCUUUACUGGUUUCGACAGAUAA